CGACGACGAGAUUUUUUUCAAGAUGUGAAAGGUGGAACUGGAACAAUAGUUUUCCAAUUACGCUUUUGCUUGAUCAUUAUUCGCUUAGAGAUUCAAACAAUAUUUUGCGUGAAGCUUGUUCAAAUAUUCAUGACCAAAAUUACGUUAUAAACGAACAGUGCUCAAUUGAUUAAUACAGUGCAAAAAACUUUGCAAAAAUGGAUCCGGGAAUCCUUUGUUUCCACCAUUGUGAGCACAAAGUUUUUUGCACAAUUAUUCCAGAGAAGUGCCCAGUGUGUCAGCAAACACUUGAUAGAUAUGAUUACAAUCUACUGCCAUUCAGGGUGCCGUAUCCUUUCGUGAAAGCGUCUCAGCACCCGAGGGCAAUAGUUAUGAAGCCUACUCAUGGAGAUUUCCUGAAUGAUUACUACAAUUCCAAAGACUUACAUAUAGGGGUGACGAAUUCGCAUGGUUGUGUUGUGGAGUUCAGUGAAGAAGGAAUCCGUGGGGUGGAUGCUGCCACCAAGAAAUGGAGUACUUUUGACUCCAGCUCGGAAUGGGACCAGUGCCUGCUUUUGGAGCAGUUUGAUGAGCUUUGGAACGAGAUUUGGGACAGUGUUUUACUGAAGGUGUCCCUAAGUCCACUAUGGGAGGCUGAAAGAUACAACGAAGAGAGGCACAACUGUUUCACUUUUGUGUUGGCUUUCUUACGAGCAUUAGACUGCGGUGAACUGUCUGUGAAGGCUCAAGACCCCAAGCUGUUCUGCAAACAGUAUGUGGUUCCAAGAACCUCGGCGGCUGGGAAAUACAUUUCACUCUACAGACAGCUCAAGCGCCAGAGCUACUUCAUUCAGAACCAAUGAUAGCUUUACACUACUCAUUCUAUGUAUUUAUUUAUCACUUAUUCAGUAUUAACUGUGAUGUUUAUUAUUUAGAUGUAAGACUCUUAAAUUCAAGUGCAUUUAAUUUAGACCAAUGAUAAUUUAGUUUCAAUGUUGAAAUUGCUUUAAAACAUAUUUACUAUUUAGGUUAUACUAUGUCUUAAUAGUUUUUAAUUAUUUUAUCAGGGUGGUGCUUUUAUUUAUUCUUAAAUUGUAUUUAGUGGUAAAAAUGUGUCAUUAUAAUAUCUAACUUAUGUGUUGAUGAAUACUGCCUAAAUAAGGAAGUAAAAGUGAAUUAGUCACUUUACCAGACCAAUGCAACAAAAAGUGACUCACAGGAGCAUUUGGGAAAUAUAGUUUCCCUAUUAGGUACUUGCCUGACCUUGUCUUGCCAAUGUUGUCAUCUUAGUGCACUUAUUGAUCCUAGAAGAAAUUUGCGUACAGCAAAACAAUGCCACAUAUCCAUUGUGUUGUCAUAUUUAUUUAUCUCUUAGAUUUCCUACAAAAUUUUCUGGAUUUGGUGUAUGUAGCUUAAUAAUAACUGUAUGUAAAGUAGGUGUCAAUUAAUGUUUUCUAUACAUUUACAUUUUGAUAAUGCUCAUUGACAUAUACUUACUUGCAAUAUCACUAAACAAGUAUUGCAUAGACAAUAAUAGCACUAAUUGAAAAUGGAAAAUAGUGAAAUUAUUGCAAAUUAAUUAAAAAUUUCCACUGUUCAUUAUAAGUGAUAGAAAUAGUGCAUUACACCUCUUACUCUUAAGUAUUCAUUGUGUUCCAGUAAUUUUGCAAGUUUGUGUAUUAUUAUGAAUGUAUAGUCGUACACCAUUUAUCAACUUCCAUAGAUGCUAGAAAAUGUACUGAUAAUGUAGUAAUUGUGUGUAGAUUCAAGUCUCCAUUUUGAUAAUGGUCUUUUUAAAUGCUGAAUGUAUACAAGAUACCUAGUAGGUAAUUUGUAAUCACUACUUGAAUAGUAUUUUGCAAUUUUUCUAUUCCAUCUAUUAUUUUCUGAUCAUUUAAUCCAAGAUAAACAAUAGCAAUUAAUUUUAUAUGUAAUUAUAUGCUUACCAAAUUGAGACUUGAAGGAAUUGCAAAUGUGAAUGUGUCAGUUGUAUGUGUUAUAGUAAGUGUAUACAUACAUGUAUUGGAAUUGCUUAAUCGUGGCUAUGUGCGAGCUUUUCUCUUCUUAGAAAGUCCAUUCAAAGAUUUGUUUCCACUAAAGUUGGAAUAUCAUUGCAUAUCUUGACAUUGAUAUAUGUAUUUGAACUAUGUAAGUUUUAAAUUACACGACAUACAUGUCUUUGAAUGGAGUUAUUCCAUGUUUAUGGCUGAGUACUUAAAUAAUAAUACUAAAUAAAUAUCCGUGGACAUUAUGCACUGCGCCUCUAGCCCCAAACUAAGCAAAGCUUGCACUAUGGGUACUAGGAAACGGUAGUAUUUGUAUAAUGCGUCUUGGCAGAGUAUAGCUCAAGCAGUGUCCCGUACUCAGCUAUAAACGUGAGCACAAGUUCCUGAUCUUAUGUAUGUAUCAUAACUGAAUUUUGUAAACGGAUCUCGGAAGACAAAUUUCUAGGUGCUAUGUCUAAUAAAGUGUUGGUUAAAACUAA